CCUGGAUUGUUUCUAUUUUUCAGCACGUGUCAAAUCAUCGUUGACGCUCCGGUGAAGCUGACGCGCCGCGCGCGCCCCGCGCCGUCCCGUGCCGUGCCGUCCUCUGCGCACUGCGUCAUGGCGACGGCGGCGAAGAAGUUACGCAUUUCCUAAUACUGGAGUUUGUGGGGAUUUUUACUCCAGCUGGCAGCGGGCACACGUUAUGCCGGAUCACAGUCUCACAGAUGUACCCAGAAGUCCUAGUCUCAAAGAAGCCUUCUAAAAUGGAGGAGCUGGCCCUGAUGGCCUUGCUGGAGUGCCCUCUGUGCUUGGAGCAGCUGGACGUGUCGGCCAAGGUUUUGCCCUGCCAGCACACCUUCUGCGUGUCCUGCCUGCAGAGGCAGGAGGCCACCCACUCCCAGCUCUUCUGCCCGGAGUGUCGUGCUCCCGUCCCGGCCCGGACGGUGGAGGACCUUCCGGCGAACCUCCUGCUCGUGCGGCUCCUGGAGGGGCUCCACAGCCCUGCGGGGCACAGCAGAAACACGCACGCAUCCCGAUAUGCGGUGCCCUUGGCCAGGGGCAGCUCCACGGUCAGGAGGGAUCAGCAGCAGCAGGGGGAUCGGCAAGGGCACAGCGAGGCUGCUCUCAGAGCCUCCAUGUUUAAACACCGAGGUGACGCUUCGGGAGAGCUGAUCCUCACACCCCGUAACGGCAUCACCCCGAAACACAAGGUGGAAAACAGCUUUCAGAGCAGUGAGUCCGCCGACGCGUCAGUCGCCGUCAGCCACACGCCUCAGCUGCAAGCCCCGCAGCAGUCCCAUGCGCCGGCUCUCUGCAGGGCGCUCUGCGACUUCAACCCAGAAGAGAUGAAUAUGGAAGACAGCAAAUAUUGUCUCAGCUUCACCAAGGGAGAUAUCCUCACUGUCAUCAGGCGACUGGAUGAACACUGGAUUGAGGCCAAGCUCGGAGAGAAAGUUGGACUUUGUCCUCAGCAGUUUACAGAGCCAAACUCUGCGGCUGCCAAACUGCUGAAAGGAAAGAGUUGGAGGGGGAGUGACUCAGCAGAGUUUCACCAUCAGGCUGGGAACGGGGGCAAGGAGAAGGCCGCUGACGCAUCCAACAGGACCGCCCAUUACCGAGCGCCUCAAGUCUCCACUAAGACACCCAUCAUCAAUGCUUUGCCCCUCUCCAGCCAGCGGAAACAGCCUGCGGCCAACGGCAGCAGUUUUCAGCAGGCAACAACAGGCGAGACGUCCAACAUCAAAACAGUGAACGGCUUCAGCCACCAGGGACAUUCGGUGCAUCCGUCCGUGCCCUCUGCAGCCCGGGCCCACGCUCACCCCUCCAGAGUGAACUCUCAGCGGGUCAGACGCCACUCUGAGUCAAACAGACACCUGGGACAGACCACAAAAAAGAUGAGCAGCGAGACUCCACCCAGCAUUUCGAUGGCUCUGGUGAACCCCCAGAUGCCCUCUGCCGCCGCGGACGGCAAAAACUCCUCCACGCAGCAGCUCUCCAUCAGCGUGUGUGCCGUCCUGUACUCCUACAAGCCACGGCGACCGGAGGAGCUGGAGCUGAGGAAAGGAGAGAUGGUGGGAGUGUACGGAAAGUUCAACGAAGGCUGGCUGCGUGGGUUAUCGCUCAGAACGGGCAAAGUGGGCAUUCUGCCCAGCAACUACAUCACGCCUGUGCUCAGAACCUCCGCCAGACUUCUGGAGACCAAAGCUGCUAAUGCGCCCUCGCACUACAACACAGUCGCUGGAAAGAAACCAACAGCUGUCAGGAGUCCCGCUGUGGUCCUUGCUCUUGAUAAGGUGAACGCUGAUGGAACGAUACACUCAACAGGACAGGCGGCGUCUGUGCCAAACGGAGCUCAGCACGCAAUGCCGGCCACUGGCACCGGAAAGCCAUCCUUCCAUGGGGGCUCACAAGGUUGGGAGACAGUAAGGCGUAUUUUUAACCCACAUAGAGCAUCAAGCCGAUUUACACACAUGUCCAAUUUCAACGUCCCGUCCAACUCUCAGCACUUUGCACAAGUUCAGGCAUCCGGCUUCUCACCUGCUCUGCAGAGGAAGAAACACGCCAGCAUCUUGUCCAAGUCCGGUAGGCCACACGGCUGGAUGACUGAGCCAGCAGCGCCCCCUACUGCUAAAAUCUUGAAGGACAGAGAUUUCACGGUUUUGCAUGAAGCAACAGUUCAGCCUGACAAACAGCCUGCCAGUGGGCCUCAUUCCAUUCUGGUCAGACCAGAUACGCACAAGAACAUUGCAGAUAAGCCUGCAAAGUCGGUGCGCUUCCUCGCAGACGAAGACUCUCCACCUGCGAGACAUCGCACCUCCUCUUGGUCAGGAGGGAGCCAUGUUUCAUCCAACUCUCGUCCCGGCCCCCCUCCUUUAGAAGUGUGGGCCCCAUCGCUCACCCUGGGAAGAGAUGGGCCAGGCAUCAUCCUCAGAGAGGGGAAAGGCCCCAUUCUUAGAAAAAGCAUUGAAACAGACAUUCUAGAGUCCACCUCUACCCUGCAGAAACCAGCACUCGCGCAGCCGUCGCUAUCGGCCAUAUCAGCUCAGUUCAGCCCCAGCAGACACAGAGUGACCACAACACAUCUCGCCCAGACGGACUCUGAGCUCAGUCUCCUUCAAGGAGAGUUCGUCCUCGUCCACAGGCCUCGACCGGACGGACGGGUUCUUGUCACCCAGGAGAGCAGCGGGCAGACAGGCUUAUUCCACAGCAGUGUCCUUCAAGCGCUUGAGAGGCUCAGCUGACUCUGUGUUUUACCUGUAGAUGUGUAUGUUUGUGUUUUACAUGUUUUCAAACUGCCAAGUAACUUCGUUGAGCUGCCAAACAAAAUGUGUACUGAGAUCCAAAGGUUAAUACUGCCAGAAGACAAUCCUAUGAAAGGUGUUUAUUUUUAUCCCCAGUCCAGAUGAGAGUGUGCUUAUACUCUCUGGAAAUGUAUUUUGUGUGCAUGUUUGUGACACAUCUGAUAAAAGACUUUGCACAAAAAUGACUGUUUAUGGUUUCAUACCCAUGUUACACAUUGGUGAGUGCCUUUGUCAAAACCUGUUAAAUUCAAAUAUAUUUUGUUUCUUUAUUUUGUGAAAUUAAGUAAAAUAUUGGUACUGUUUAUGUGGUAAUAAAGCCUACUUCCAAAGCA